CGUCACCUAAAAAGAUGACAAAUAUGGCACGGCUGCUAGUGGCUGAUGACAUUUUUUACGUACCGUUUUUGCUUGGGUCAUUCUCUCAUGGGAAAAGUGGCAUAUCUUCUGAGCCUGUUGUGACGUGCCUCCUCAGGCAUGGGAAGUGCUCUGGCAACAAGUCUGAACAACUUAAAACAGCAGCACAGAGAGCCACUCUGAAGCACUGUGCAGCAAACAAGCUCCUCACGCAGCUCGGGAAAGAUCAGCCAUUAUGUAUGCUGCCUUAAAACGCAUACAAGGAGAGUAUUUUUGUAUUUUGUGUUUUAAAUAAUUGCUGAUUUUUGUUGAAGCUCCUGGACACAAAACACAGGAUUUUUGAGCCUAUAGAGAGGACAAUGGCAAACCUGAAUGACACCUGUACGGUCGGAAAUCCGGAUUUGUACAAGUUCUACUUCUCCGUGAUGAUAGGGGAGUUUCUUCUGGCUCUUCCUCUGAACAUUUCGGUGAUGUACAUCUUCAUCUUUAAACUCAAAUUCUGGAAAUCUAAGAGUAACAACGUCUACUUGUUUAAUCUUGUGCUGGCUGACAUCCUGCUGCUUAUAUGUAUUCCGGUAAGGGCGUCCAACUUUCUGAAAGGAGAGAGGCGCAGUGAAAAUAACACAACAUGUAGAGCUGUCCUCUUCCUGCUGUUCCUGAACCGUGGAGCCAGCAUUGCCUUUCUGACCAUCAUUUCCAUUAACCGUUACUUCAGUGUGGUGCACCCAGGGAUCCAAAACUCGCUCAAGAUUUUGAAACGCGCAUUUAUCAUCUCCGCUCUUAUCUGGAUCUUGCUGCCCCCUUUGACCAUACCAACCAUGCUGAAAACUUUUGAGUGCUGCACUGAUAAUGAGACUGUGGAGGAAAAUGUUGUCAUCGACGUCCUCAGAGAGGUUGUGUUUUUCAGCCAGGUCCUGAUCCCUUUCACAGUCCUUGUCUACUGCACCGUAUGCAUCACCAAACGGUUGAAGAUGAAGACGGUUGGCGACAGGGCCAAACUGCGGAGGGCCGUGUUUCUGGUCACCUCAGUCAUGGUGGUCUUUUCUCUCUGUUUUUUGCCUUCUGCCACAUCGAGGAUGGUGCUGUUGCUCAUGAGAGCGAAGGACGACCUCACAGUGGGCGAACAGAGAGCGGAGGAUAUCGCAAUUCAGAUUCAUGACGGCCUUAUGUGCCUUUCCUACUUGGACUGUUUGUUGGAUCCAAUUGUAUACUGUCUCAGCAGCACAAAGUUCAAGAACGUAUAUUUAUCAACCUAUCUUCCCUUUCUGAUGAAAGAAGGAGAUACAGAGUGAAGCCAGAAAAUGAGUGAAUGUAACAAAAAAAAGUAUGCACACA